ACAUCUGUCCAGAUUACAUAAUUUACGAAUAUAUCAAGUGUAUUAUAAGUGUUUUGAAAGUGAAGUGACAAGCGACGUGGAGCGGUGAUAACAAAUUAUAAACAACAAUCAAAAUACAUGACUCUGUGUUCAGCUAAUCGUGACUUUGAAAUAAAGAACGACUUCGCGAUUGAUUGUAGAGGGAUGUUUAACUUAGACUGACAAAAGAUAGUAGUUUAAGUACUGUAAGUGCAGAAGAAUGUCAACAAAGAAUUUACAAUACCUAAGGACUCUCGUCUCGUGACGACAUAUUUAUGGACGCGCUGUACAGAUUUUACAACGCUGAUGUAGAAUACAGAUGGAUUCAAAUGGUACAGAAGACCUCCAUCCUUCUUUGCCAGGACAUGGAAUGAGUCGAAUUAUCAUAACGAACAUAAAAGAACCCAAGCUUUUUAUAAUGGAGGACCCUGUCUUUAUGGCUAUUACAGGAGUGAUCCUUUUCUUUGGACUUUUGUUUCUAGUGAGGGAAAUCAUCACUAGGAUAAAGGACCGGCAGCACGGCCACCAUCCUAUCAGACGAAGAAGGAGUGGAGAUCAAGAGAGCGAACCAGCAGCCUCGCCUUCAUCGACGCCAUUUUCUGACGACCCUCCGCCAUAUCCAGGGAAAUAUUCCAAAACCAACAUCAAUUAUCUCCCUUCAUAUGACUCCGCAAUCAAAAUGGCUCCCGAGUUGCGAAUGUGCAAUAUCAAUGAAAUGACUCCACCUGCGGAAUUUUCUGGUUUUGAUGAAAGUGAAUAUUUAGAUUACAGUGAUCAUAUAGGCACCGCGGAAACAGAAAAUGAUUCUGUCUCUAUCCAAGUGAGCCAUGAACUUUUGACAAAUCAAGAACGUGAACUUAGAACAAUAACAGGUGAUCAGCAGGUACCUAGUGAAGGAGGUUCGUCACGCCAGACAUCUAUAAAUGUUGAUGGAUUAACGUUAAAUCCUAGAAGUUCAAGUGAUGAAGAGAAUUUAUAAUUAUUGCAAUCAUUUUAUACAAGAAAUAUUUAAAAAAAAAAAAAAAAGAACCUACCAACGUUAAUCUAAUGCUUUUACUUAAAUUAUUUGCAUUAUAUAGGUUACAAUUGGGAAACAUCGGGAUACAGAAUAAACAAAAGGAAUUG